AUUAGCAAUAAAAUCUCAUUUCGGAAAUCAGUCAAACUAUGUGUCAGCAGAUCAUAAUCUUAGUCUAAUUGUAGCGAUAUCAUAAGCUUUAUCUUCAGAACAUAUGUUAUAUUGAUCAACGUUGAAUGUCCUAGUUGAAUUAUUAUUGAUUAGUUGGAUAAAAAUAUAUUGUUCCGAACAAAUGAGCCCCGACAACUAAUUCGAAAUAUUAUGAUCAUCAGUCGAUCAAUGUUAGACAACCAUUAAAAACCUGGAAGCACUGAACGGCCGUUUCUUCCGAGUGUGGGACUCCACAGCAUUACUCAUCCACCAUUCCACACGCGGGAUUCGAACCCCGGACCUUCGGUUUCGCACGCAGCUUCGAACUGAUAAUCGAAAUUUAUGAAGUAGCAAUAUUUUAUCAAUACCUUAUAUAAAUGCAAAAAACAUAGUAAAAGAUAUAUACAAUAAGUUCGUAUUCCAUCAGUCGUGAGAAUAUUAUCUGAUUAUUAUAAUUGACAUAUUUUACGAUAAAAUAUCAAAUACUUCAAAUAUGUAUAAUGACUCAUAAAUGAAUAGCGUGAUCCAAGUCACAAGAUAAUCACACGUAUUAAAAUUAAUUUUAUAUUAUGAAAGAAAUGUAGUUGACAGGGAAUCUUGGAUUAAGGGUACAUCAAUUACCUAGAUUCCAACACGAAGCCUACAUAAAAUCUCAACAUAGUAAACACGAUGUCGAGUAAAUUCAUCUAGUCAUCAUAUUACACUUUGUACAAUAAGUAGUACUCAAUCAAAGCUAAAUGACCAAACAAAUAUGUCAUUUUCAUUAAUCAAUCAAUUGUAAUUCCAUAUUGUUACCCAAAAACUUUUGAUUACAUAUUCGAAUGAGUUAAUAUGAAUUCAAUUUGGUUUGUUUAUAAUUUUAAUGUCAAAAAGGAAAAGAAACAACCCCGAAAGCCAAUUGACUAGAACACAGUAUUCAUUGAAUACUUAUUCAUGGUGAAAUUUCACUGAACCAAGUUUAACAAUAAUAAUUAUCAUAUUCUAUUCAGUUUGUUGGCAAGCAUCUUUUACACGUAUAUAAUUCAUAUUGUUUCUAUUAGAAAUUAAUGACAUGUGAAUUAAAUUUAAAAGUUUUCAGUGAAAAAAAAACUUUUUUUGUUUGGAAUAAUUGUAAACUUGCAAACGGAAUGAUAACCAUUACAAUGAUUGAAACCACGUGUUUAUCUAUUGUGUAUCACAGUGUUUAACAACCACCGCAACAACAACGAAACAAAGAAUCACUUUCAAGAAUUUCAUUCUGAUGUUUAUGUAUAUGUAUGUGGAUAAACAUGUAUAAUUAUUAUUUAAUCACAAAUCAAAUAUAUAUAAAAGUCAAAUACAAACGGUAACUCACCAUUGAUCAUAGGAGGUGUGGUUAACUAUUAACAAAUUUCAAGUUAAACAUUAUUAUCAUUAUUAUUAUCUACACUACUUUCAAUCAAAUAAUAAAUAAACGAUCUAAUUCUAUUGAAAACAAUAAAUUGUCAACUUCAAGAUUAUGGGAUCUAAUAAAAAUUUCACGAAGUCGUUGGCGCUCUCUGUAUUCUUGACGUGUUUAGGAUCAUCCUUUACAAUUGGUUACAAUUUAGGAAUAUUAAAUUUGCCAGGAGAGCAUAUUAAAGAGUUUUUAUCUCGUACUAUGUUGGGUAAAAAUGCAAGUGUAGCUGAAAAUACAACAAAUCUUGUGACACCAAGUUUUUUAUAUGCUCAAGUUAGCACAGCUUUUGUAAUAGCUGGUGCAAUUGGAGCUUUCAGUUGUGGUGCUAUAGCUGAUUGUUUAGGAAGACGUAAUGGUCUGAUAGUAAACAGUUUAUUUGCAAUCGCUGGAGGAAUAAUGGUUGGCCCAUGUGUGGCAUAUAGCCAACCUGCAUUACUAUUUGUCGGACGUGUUUUAAAUGGAUUAAAUUUUGGAAUAUCAAUGGGAAUAGCACCAAUGUAUUUAACAGAAAUAGCACCCAUAUCUCUUCGUGGUGGAAUUGGUUCAUUACAUCAGCUUGCUUUAACUAUCGGGAUACUUGUAUCCUAUUUAGCAACAUUAACAUACACAUUAAAUACAUCAACUUUGUGGCCCAUAUCUGUCGCUGUUGGAUCAAUUCCUGGAUUAAUUGCAUUAACUCUUCUACCUUAUUGUCCUGAGAGCCCACGUUUUUUAUUUAUGAAAAAAGGAAAAGAAGAACAAGCACGUAAAGCCUUUCAGCGACUUAAUUGUAAAGAUAAUAUCGAUGAAACAUUUGAUGAAAUGAAAAGAGAAAUGAAUGAAGCUGAAAAACGAUCAAAAUUCAAAUUUUCCAAACUUUUCACUCAGAAAGAUUUACGUAUGCCAGUAUUAAUUGCUUGUAUCAUACAAGUAUUUCAACAGCUUUCUGGAAUUAAUGCUGUGAUCACUUAUUCUUCUACAAUGCUUAAAACUGCUGGAAUUCCAUUGAUGUAUAUUCAGUUUUGUGUAGUUGCUGUAGGAGCAAUUAAUGUGUUAAUGACUAUAAUUUCGGUAUAUUUAAUUGAACGUGCAGGACGUAGAACUCUUCUUUUAUGGCCAGCAGUACUUCUUGCUUUUUCAUUAUUAUUUUUAACAAUUUCAGUGAAUGUAGCAAGUUCAACAAAAGAUCCAACAACAGCUCGAACAGCUGGAAUAAUUUCAGCUGUUCUUAUAAUUCUAUAUGUUUGUGGUUUUGCUUUAGGUUUAGGUCCAAUUCCUGGUGUAAUUGUUGCUGAAAUAUUUAGACAAGAACCAAGAGCUGCAGCCUAUUCUCUAAGUCAAGGAGUUAACUUAUUAUGCAAUUUAUUGGUGUUAUUCAGUUAUCCAAGCAUUAAUGAUGCAAUUGGUGGUUAUUCAUUUCUACCAUUUUUAGUUAUAGUUAUUGUCUGUUGGAUAUUCUUUUAUUUAUAUAUGAUUGAAACAAAAAAUCGUACAUGUGAUUGUAAUGCAAGAGAUUUAGCUUCACCAAAAAUUGUCGCUUGUCAACGUCCAUCAAGAUUAAGUUAUAAAAAUGAAGAACCAUUUUAUUCAGAUGAAUAAAAUAAAUUUAUUCAAUAAAAAAAACAAAAAACAACUGAUUCACUUCACACACACACCCUCACACCCCCCCAACAAAAGAAAAAAAAUUGACAAUUAUUUCAGAUUGAUUUUUAUUUUAUUCAUCAUUUUAAAACUGAAAUCUUUUGGCUUGUUCAUCAGUGGUAAUAAUAAUAAUAAUAAUAAUAUGAUCAUUAUUAUUAUCGUUGAUCUCUUUCGACAAUAUACGUUUGUUUAUUUGUUUGUUUGUUUAUAUCUGAGGUUUGUGAAUGAUCAGAUUUCGAUUAUAAAGAACAACUUUUGUUUCUUUAAUGAAGGGAUAUGCAGUUUAACUGAGACUGGAAUUGAUCAAUUUUUUUAUUGGAAUAUAUGCAUACUCUGCGUUUCGCCUCGAUAUUGACUUAAUUCACAAGCUAA